UCGCUCACUUCUUCCACAGAGACAAUCCAGCACAGCAACCAUGGCGGAUAACGACGCUCCCGUUACCCUGCGAACUCGCAAGUUCAUCCGCAACCCGCUGCUUGGCCGCAAGCAGAUGGUGGUUGACAUCCUCCACCCCGGUCGUGCCAACAUCUCCAAGACCGAGCUGAGCGAGAAGCUCGCCAGCCUGUACAAGGCCCAGAAGGAGCAGGUCCAGGUCUUCGGCCUGCGCACCCAGUUCGGUGGCGGCAAGACCACCGGCUUCGCCCUCAUCUACGACUCCCCCGAGGCCCUCAAGAAGUUCGAGCCCAAGUACCGCCUGAUCCGGGUCGGACUUGCCACCAAGCCCGAGCGUGCCAGCAGACAGCAGCGCAAGCAGCGCAAGAACCGACAAAAGACCCUGCGCGGCACGGCAAAGGUCAAGGGUGCCAAGGCGAAGAAGGAGAAAUAAACGCAACGCUCUCAAUACAAUAUUGUUGGGGCUUGCUGGUGGAAAAAACUGUGGGCGCACUUCUUUUGUGGUACUGGGGCCAUCAUGUUGCGACAGUGCUGCGGAUUUUUUUUACUCUCUCUCGGCAUGGGUGGAUAGAAGAAUGGAAGAAAUAUUCUUCUCCGGUUCCAUUGUCGAUGAAAAAUUCCUCUAGAAACGGCUGGGAAAGGGGAGUCAUGGCUCAGCCCCCUCCCCGUGGGUGUGCGUGUGCCUUCGAUACACUAGCAUGAAAUCAACGGUGUUUUC